AUGGAUCAGCAGAUGGCACUGACUUGGGGGCUGCUCUACAUGGCCCUGGUGGCUCCCUGUUGGAGAUUUGCGGUGACAGAGGCACAAGUGCAGCCACCACCUCCCAAGGACAUCAACAUCAGCCCCUCGGGGGACCACUUCCUGCUGAAGUGGAGUAUGCCCCUUGGGGAUGCCUGGGUCCCCUGGCUGUCACAAGAGGACUUACAGUUUGAGGUGUCUUACAAGCGUCUUCAGGACUCCUGGGAGGAUGCACCCAGCCUCCACACCAGCAACUUGUGGGCCACUCUGGAGCCAAAGCUGCUCCUACCCAGCAACACCUAUGUGGCCCGUGUGCGAACCCAGCUGUCCCCAGGCUCAACCUUGUCUGGAAAGCCCAGCAGAUGGAGCCCUGAGGUGCAGUGGGAUUCCCAGCCAGGGGACAAGGCUCAGCCUCAAAACCUACAGUGCUUCUUCGAUGGCAUCCAGUCCCUCACCUGCUCCUGGGAGGUGAGGACCCUGAUGACAGCCUCUGCUUCCUUUGGGCUCUUCUACAGAUCCAUCCCAGCUGCUCCGGAGAAGGAAUGCUCCCCGGUGGUGAAGGAGCUGCAGGAUAGCCUCUAUACCCGCUACCACUGCAGUCUGACCGUGUCCAACCCCAGUGCACACAGCCAGUACACAGUCUCUGUUCAGCUGCGGAAACAAGGAAAAUUCAUCAAGAGCUAUAGACACAUCCAGAUGGACCCUCCAGCUCUCAAUGUUACUAAGGAUGGAGAUAGCUACAACCUGCGUUGGGAAACUAAGAAAAUGUCCUCUCCUGAUGUCAAGUACCAAUUUCAGGUCCAGUACAAGAGGAAAUUUGACAGCUGGGAGGCCAUCAAGACAGAGGAAGUAGAUCAUGCAAACAUAAUGGCCCUGCCUCUGCUGGAGCCAUACACCACAUACGUGGCUAGGGUGAGAGUCAAGACCCUCCCUAACUUCGAUGGGAUCUGGAGUGAGUGGAGCAAAGAGUACACCUGGACCACUGAAUGGGUGAUGCCCACAUGGGGGAUGGUCAUCAUCCUGGUCCUCCUCAUCCUCAUCUUGCUCCUGGCCUUCCGCUUUGGCUGUGUCUAUGGGUACAGGCUGUACAGGAAGUGGAAAGAGAAAAUCCCCAACCCCAGCAAGAGCCUCCUGUUCCAGGAUGGAGGUAAAGGACUCUGGUCUCCCAGCAGCAUGGCAGCCCUUGCCACUAAGAACCUUACUCUCCAGGGGCCACGGAGCAACCAUUUUGCUGAGCUACAGGGGAUGUCAUGUGCACAUUUGGGGGACAAUGAAGUGUCACCUCUCACCAUAGAGGACCCUAAAAUUGUCCGAGAUCCACCAUCCGGGCCUGACACAACUCCAGCUGCCUCAUCCGAACUCAUGGAGCAGACUUCCAAUGCCCAGCGAGUCCCACCAAUCCCUCCCGGCAGAGCUGAGAUGCAGACACCCAGCUUUGACUUCAAUGGUCCCUAUCUGGGGCCUCUCCAGACCCACUCCCUGCCUGAUCUCCCAGGCCAGCUGGUGCACCCCCAGACGGGUGGGAGCCUGAAGCCAGCACUGCCAGGCUCCCUGGAGUACCUGUGCCUGCCUCCUGGGGGACAAGUGAGGCUGGUCCCCCUGUCCCAGGCCAUGGGCCAGGGCCCGGGUGUGGAUGCAGAGUGUGAGCCUAGCCUGGGAACCACGGAGAGCCCUUCCAUGGAACCGAGGGACAGCCCCUCACUUGAGCUGAGGGUGGAGGAACAAGGGCCAAAGGACAAUCUAGUGACUCUGCCCAUAAGCUCUGGGGGCCCUGAGGAGCCUGUGGUGGCCUCUGGUUAUGUCACUCCUGCAGAUCUGGUGCUCACCCUGCCCACAGGGCCCAUGCCUCUCUCUCUGCGCUCCUCUCUAGGGUUCCCCUCAGCUCAGAGACCCAGUCUCUGUCUCAGACUGCCUGGGGUCCCUCCUGGAAGCCCAGGUCUUCCAACACCAGAAGUUGAUGACUAUGUGGAGCUCCCGCCAAACAUGAGCCAGCCCCGCCAGUCCCCUCUGGGCAGUCCUGUCCCUCCUGUGCCAAGCAGCCCCACAGUGAGCCUAGGAGAGCAGAGGGAGGAGGUAUCCCCAGCGUCCCCACACCCUGAAGGUCUCCUUGUUCUUCAGCAGGUGGGGGACUACUGCUUCCUCCCCGGCCUGGGGCCCGGCUCUCUCUCUCCACAUAGCAAACCACCUUCUCCAGGCCUGUGUCCUGAGAUUGUGGACCUAGACCAGGAUCUGUCUGUCAAGAAGCCUCCUUGCCAGCCCAUGCCCCAGGUGCCAGCCAUUCAGUUUUUCAAGUCCCUGAAGCAUCAGGACUACCUGUCACUGCCCCCUUGGGACAGCAGCCAGCCUGGGAAAGUAUGCUGAGGCCACUCCCUCCCAGUCUCACCAGCAGCCCUGCACCUCAGCCUGUGGACCUCAGCCUGACAUCUCCUCAGAAGCCCAGAUGCUCCCUGGAUGAGAUGUAGUCUUCCCUGCUCUCAGCCCUGACCUUCAGCAAUACCUGCCCCCACUCAG